AUGAUUGUGCGUGAUGGAAGGAGGUGUGGUUUGCAGAUAGGAGGAGCUGCAAAGCCUGUUAAUGUUCCUCUGGCUGUGAGGAAGUCGCCACCUCUCCUCUCCUCUGCUCAUCAGUGAAGCUUCUAGAGGAGCUUGAGAUUUCAUAACCACGCACCAGCUGUUAUUCAGAGUGUUUACUGAAGAUGGGAGAACAAGACCCAAGUGACAGGCUGAAGGGGGACCAGCCGAAAGAGCUGAAGGAAAACGGCACGGGAAGUUUCUCCCAGUUCUCCUCAAGUGUACGCGCCAUGGUGCGCAUUCGCCAGAAGUACCAGGCCAUGAAGAAACGGCGUCUGGAGAUAUCAACUUUGUCCCAGAGCAUCAUGUCUCCGCGGUCCACCAGCCCAAAGUAUUUCACAUUUGAAAAUGUUCACGAGACUAUAAACCGCAAACCCGCUUCCCCACGCAAGCGAAAGAAAAAGAGGAAGGUCAUGUAUCCGAGCAGCAGUUUGAGAGCCGUACCCACAAAAGAGCGCAGCCGUGCAAAGAACUGCCUGUACUUGUUGUGCAUCAUCGUCUUUCUACAGGUUUACAACGCCAUCGAGAACUUGGACGACCACGUGCUCAAAUAUGAUCUAGAUGGUCUGGAGAAGACACUUAACAGGGAAGUGUUUGGCCAACAUGAAGUGACGGAGCGCCUUCUGGGUCACUUACAUGAUUAUUUGUCAACUUAUGUACACAAUAAACCUUUGGUGUUGUCGCUUCACGGACCUACAGGAGUUGGGAAGAGCCACGUUGGCCGAUUACUGGCUCAGCAUUUUCGCUCGGUUGUUGGAGAUGAGUUGGUGAUGCAGUACUUUGUGCUGCACCAUUGCCCAACAGAAGACGAUAUCCCACAAUGCACCAAAUCUCUGGACUCUAACAUCUCGGAAAUGGUCAACCAAGCUGAGGAAAUGGAGAAGAUACCGGUCUUCAUCUUCGAUGAAGUGGAACACAUGCCCAGGGAGUUGCUGGACACGUUGCGAGACCUGAUUCAGCCCCAAAACAACAAUGAAUACUUAAACGCCAUUUACAUCCUCAUCAGCAACCUGGGACACGAAGACAUCACCAAGUUCGUCCUGCACAACUCCAGCGUCGCCGUCUCAGGCCGUCUGAGCUUGAGUCAGGAGCUGACGCCUUUGUUAAACAGUCACCUUCAAAGAUACCACAUGCUGUUUUUGGAAGCAGAGUUCCUGCCCUUUAUGCUUUUGGAGAAGAGCCACGUAAUGGAUUGUUUUAUUGACGAGAUGUCCAGGGAAGGAUUCUACCCGGAUCGAUCGCAUGUAGAAAGACUUGCGGAAGAACUAUCAUACUAUAUAGUUGGCGAACGGGCGUUUUCUCACACCGGAUGCAGGCAGGUUGUGGCAAAAGUGAACCUUCUCUGAAACCAAAUCUGCCGUGCAGAUGGGCAAUGUGAGAGAAAAGAUAUUGGUCGGACUUUGAGAUUUCAAUUCAUUGUGCAUUCAACAAUUUGUUCUUUGAGGAAAAAACAUUUGUUGUUCAUACACUACAGGUCAAAAGUUUGGGGUCGGUAUUUAAUGUUUUGAAAGAAGUCUCUUAUGCUCACUAGGACUACAUUUAUGUGAUUAAAAAUGCAGUAAUAUUGUGAAAUAGUAUUUUUAAUUUAAAAUAACUGUUUUUUAUUUAAAUAUAUUUUAUAAUGUAAUUUAUUCCUGUGAUGGCAAAGCUGAAUUUUGUGGUGCUUCAUAUUUUUGUGGAAACUGUGAUACCGCAAAAAAUAAAAUGCAAACCGUGAUACGUUGGAUAUCGUCAGGAUUCUUUGAAAGUUCAAAUGAACAGCAUUAAUUUGAAACAGAAAUGAAUAAAUUAAAAGUAUUAAUUUCUUUCAAAAAAAAAAAAAAAAAAAAAAAAACUGACCCUAAACUUUUGAACUGUGGUGCAUUUUUUCUUAUACAUUUACUGUGAAGUAGGUCCUCGAAACAAGCACAACUCUAAAUAAUACAAAACAACAUAACAUUUUUCUUUGUUUAUUAGAAUUUCUUAUUUUCCACUGGAAAAAUGAGGUACAAAGACCAAGAUAAUUGUAUAAUUAGUGUGUGUGUAUAAAUAUAUACACACACACACACUAUAUCUAUAUAUAUAUAUAUCUCUCUCUCUAUAUAUAUAUAUAUAUAUAUAUAUAUAUAUUACGGAAGAGGAUUAGGGCCAAGCAAUAA